GUAUGAAGUUUGAGAAUGUGUCCAUUCUGACUGAUGGGGUCACGGACAUGCUUAAACUCAUGAGAUACUGCUGGUUGAACAAGGACAGCGCAAUAUGUGAACAAAGAGGGGUGUUCAGAGUCAACUGUGUAGACUGUCUGGAUAGAACAAACGUCAGUCAGACCGCCAUAGCUAGAAUCGUCAUGGAAACACAACUGAGAAAACUUGGUAUCCUCCCCCCUGAUGAGACACUCCCCACAAACUGUAAGAGGAUUUUCCAGGUCCUCUGGGCCAACAAUGGUGAUGCCAUUAGCAGGCAAUAUGCUGGAACAGCAGCUUUAAAGGGAGAUUAUACUAGGACAGGGGAACGAAAAAUUACAGGCAUGAUGAAGGAUGGUGUUAAUUCUGCUAACAGGUACUACCUACGUUUCCGUGACAGCUAUCGCCAGGCAACCAUUGACCUGAUGCUGGGUCAGCUGGUCCUCACGGAUGCCAUGAUGUUGUCCUCGGACAAGCUGGACUCCUCAGAGGGCGAUGAGGAGGAGGAGGAGGACUCUAACGAACUCCUAGAGAAGGAGGAGAAUCUCAAAAUGCUGAUUGAGGACGCCAAGAAGAUGCUGAUCAUUGAACCGGAACAGUGUAUGGGGGGCUGGAGUCUCAUCAACGCUGACCCACAGACUGGGGAUGAGGAUCGAUUAGACAUGGACAUUAUCCUGCUCCUUAGUCAGAGGUCAGUGUACGUAGCCUGGUAUGAUGAUGAAGAGGAACAGAUCGUCCAGUACCAGAGGAUAUUCCUCGAAGACAUCGUCAAAAUGGAAAUAGGUGCUGAGCCUUCCAUUUUCAAGUCAAAGUUUGUGUGUCUGCGGAUUCAUUACCAGCACUAUGCAGAGGAGGGCUUCUUCCACACGUUCAGGAUUCCUCGUACAAGACUCUUCAACAACAUGAUCAUCGUUGUUAAAAAUACGGAAGAUGCUAGAGAAAGUCUGAAGGCAAUACAUCAGGCCUUUGCGGCCGCCCAAGAAAUUCUGUCACUGAAACUGGAGCUGGAAACCAAAACCAAGUUGGAUAGGAGGAAAACAAAACCACAUCCUGACAUUCAGAAUAUUUAUAUAGAACAACAGGAGAAAACACUGAGUAACUUACACGUACCGCGAGAUGUAUCUGCUGGGGAAUUGACUAAACUGUCAGGGUCAAACACACCCAGGUCAAGGUCAAGAAAUAGCCCAAGGUCGGUCAGUCCUGUGAUGUCAUCACCUGUCAGCAGUCCUGGUCAACAAAGGAAGAAUCUCUUUCCGAACUUUGCAAACAUCACAAAAAAUCUAAGUUCUGGGAUAAAGCUCCCUAAAUUUACUCUGCCAAAACUAGACACAAAAACGGACCCCCAGGAGGAUGCUGGGAAGGCUGAGGAUAAAGUGGAACAUAAAAACAGGAGUGACAACUCUGGACGACGGUCUAGACUCAGCUCGCAUGGAAGCCGAGAUGACAGUGAGAUCGACAUUAAAGACCGAAGCUCGCGAGAUUUUGAUGACAUGGUUCUAGCUUCCUGCGGAAUUUUGGAGACUCACAAUAUCUUAAAUGCAGACCUUCCACUAGAAGAAAAUGUCAACUCUGAACAAAAUGUAAAUUCCAAUACUGAGGAUGACCAGCUUGGUAAAGACGGCCUAGAGGAAGAGAAUGCAGCCUUGAGUAAGGAGUCUGAGAAAAUUAGUCAAAUUCCAAAAAUAAAAAUUAUAACCCCAAAUACCACCACGAGAAAAAUGCGGAGAAUUAUUGACGCCAUUGAACAAGAGCUGCAGGCCAAGAUUGGAGACAGAGAAUGUGUCACACAGUUUAUAUUCUUAUGAAAUUAGGGCACUGCUUUAUUAGUUGAAACAUAUUUAGUAUUUUAGCAUUUAUUGAUCCAUGUACACAUGUACGAUCAUAUCAGGACUUUACACCAAUUUUUUUUUAUGUAAUUGCUUUUAGUUUUGUGCAGUCUGUGAUACUAGGGUACCCCAAUUAACAGAUGAUUAGACUAAUUACACAUAUUUUCAAAGUAUAUAUAAAUUUUGUUUUAUUUUAUUUUAAUUAAUUAAUGCAUGUUAUUUCACACUUUUAAAUGCAAAUUAAAAUUUGUUAAAUGAAUGGGAUAUUCUUGAACAGUCCAUUUGUAGGCUAAACAUUGAACAAAAUUUAUUAGAGAAUUUCAUUUGAUUGGUUCUUUACAGGAACUGAAUUUCUAGGGAUUUUAAAUGUUGUGUAAUUUUCCAUGUAAUUUGACGUACUUGAACAACGAAGUUGUAAGAUUCACAACGAAAUUCACUUCUCUUUGGUUUUCCAUCUGGCUACAUGAGAAUACAUUUAAGUAUGCUAAUUUAGAAAUAAAAAUUCCAUAUUAUAUAUUAUAAUUUAUUGCUUGAUAGUAAUGUCAUGCAGUAUUUAUUUUAUUUUUAAUGGUUGAUGCAUUUCUAUAUAAGCAUUAAUUAAUACUCUUAUCUUGUGCAAUAUAUUUAAAAGCAAUUUACAUGUACUAGUAAGCUAGCCUAUUUUGUUUUCAGUUACUAAUACUUAGUAGAAAUAAAUUUUGUGCAAGGUUAGGGUUAAAUUAGAUUGGUAUAUAAGGUAUUUUUCCUUAAUAUUAAUUACACUUGUAUUUACACUGUCUGUAGUUUGUAUCUUAAUUGGUACCUACAUGUAGCAUGCUUGUGAUCAAACUUAAUUUCGCAUCUAUUAAGCUUUCAUCAACUUAAGAUAGAAGAAAGAUGAUUUAACGAGGCCCGAUCUAGUUGAUCUGUGCAUACGUUUUAACGCAGCGUCGACUCAGGCACGUCACAAUACCGUUGACUGCCGUCACAAUUGAACUCAAUACUGUCACAAUUAAAAUGACGUCAAAUUGCGCUAAAAUGUUUCGCUGAUCUUUCUUACCUGGUAGCUCUAUAGACUGUGCAUUGAAAGCUGCCAUUUCGAUUAUUAAUUUUUUAAAUAUUUAAAUUAAUAAACAACUUUGGAACCUAAUUAAUUUUGAGGGGUCAAUUUUUUGGUACAGAUUCAUUAAUUUUAUCUUGUUUUAUUUCAAUUUGUGAGUUUAAAAAAACAAACACUGCAACCAAAAGUAAACGAUUUUAGUCUUUCUCUUUGAACAUGUUAAAGUGCAUGUUGAUACACACAUUUUUUUUAUUGCGGGCUUACAUAUGCAUGGGUUAUCUUCACUUUUAAAAAAUAAAAUAAGUCUAUAAAUCAUUUAAAUGCAACCCCCGAAAUAUUUUAUUUUUCUAUAUAUUACAUUAUAUUAGUGAAAAUCGCAAUUUUGUCGCCUCCCCCCCCCCCUUCCUCCCUCUACCCCUUUUUUCCACGUAAAACAACGUUGCGUGUUGAGAGAAAAAUAAAGCAUGGCGAGAAAAUUAUUUCAUAAUGUAGGAAUUAUUUAUUUUUUAGAAACUAAUACAGUAUCACAAUCGUUUGUUGGUGUUAUGUAAACCCAUUGCGACAUACAAAAUACGUAGUUGGAUAGAAUAAAUCCAAAUUUUGUGUUUUGACAUGCCCCCUUUUCACUGCAAUAAAGGCUACCUCCAAUUUUCUUUUCAUUUUUUAUAAGAAGAAUGAAAAUUGCAUGAUAUAUGUGAAAAACAAAGAAUUUCAUCAUGUAUUUUUUUUUAAUUUGUAAAUUUCUUUGUUUAUUGAAGAGUUUUAGUAU